UGGGAGAGAGGCGGGGCCUGGGCGGGGCCUGGGCGGGGCCCUGGAGGUAUACAGAGCAUGAGGGCGGGGUCGGGGCACAUCACCUGGCGACAGACACCCGGCCGCACGCACAGCCACCGACGGCUCUCAUAUUUCCUCCUGUUUCCCCACACAUCCAGCUUCCAAGAUGGUUUCCAUUGAAGUUCCUGCUGAGUAUGGAUACUGUGUGUUGGUUGCUGUUUUCUCCAUUUUCAUGCUCGUGUGGAAAUCUGCGAAGGUUGGUGGGGCCAGAAAGAAGUUCAAGGUUGAAUACCCAACUAUGUAUCACAAGACAAAUGAUCAUUUCAAUUGUUACCAGCGAGCUCAUCAAAACACACUUGAGAAUUAUCCACAGUUCCUGUUUCUUUUACUUUUGGGAGGUCUCUACAACCCCAUAGUGAGUGCUACUGGAGGAGCCGUCUGGUGUAUUGGACGUAUUGUUUAUGCUCUGGGUUACUACACAGGAGAUCCCAAAAAUAGAGUGAAGGGGUCCUUUGCUUACUUUGGCUUAUUUGCCAUGUUAUACUGUGUUAUUCGCCUAGCCACUGGCUUGCUGGGUUGGUUUUAAGGAAUUUGUUUAUAAAGUUUAUUCAAAGAUGUGUAAUUUUGUCAACAUUGAGUAUUGUAAGUAAUUGUUGGGGAUAAUAUUCAUAUAGUGUUGUUGGGUGGACUGUAUACAUCAUUUAAAUAAUUUAAUAUUUUGUAAUUGAAAUAUCCUUGCACAAAGUGAUAUAUGCAUAUAUUAUGGCAAUAAAAACCACUAGAAUGUAAAGUAGAAAAAUGUCAUGCAUUUGUAAGUACAAUAUACUAAUUAUAGAUUAUUUUAAAAUAUUUUUGUGAUUUUUUAAAUAUUUUAGAUAAAGUUUCCAGGUACAGUAUUCAUAUACUCUAAGGUGUUUUAUAUUAUGCAAAAAUUCUAGAAGUGUGCUAUCCCUGAAUAUUAUUAAAUUGGAUGAAUAGAACCAAGGGAGGGGGGGCAAGUAACUUUCUAAAAAUGAAAAUGAAAAGUGGCAACUUUUGAAGAUUGGGACAGUCUAAUAUGCCCUAUAUUUAGUUCACCAUUACAAGCAUUCAUUCCAAGAUUUAUUUUGGUAAUAGAGAUAUAUAUUUUCCAAUUUGAAGUUUAAUAUUUUGUCUAGGGAUAAGUUCAGUGAUUUUAUGUAACAUGUUUAGGUUUCAACUUAUCUCUUACAAAGUUUGUUGGUGAUAUCUUUUACUGUUUACAUAAGUGUUCUGGCACCACUGGUGCACAGGAAAGACAUGCUUCAUUGUUUAUUUGAUUAAUAAAAAGAAUGUCCUUU